AUUGUCAGCAGUUUCUAAUACUCGGCUUGCGGCGCUUCUACCUCUAACCUCCUCUAAAGAUUGUAAGGAUAACCGGGUUACUUCCGCUAGCUGUAUUUCUGAAGUCGGCGGUCCUCGAUCUCGACAGCCCAGAGAGCCCAGGGGUUUCAAUAACCUUGUAACGUUUUGCUUACAUAUUUCCUACCGUUAGGAAAUCAAGGAACUUUCCAUUACAAAUCUUUUUCAAGCUUCAACUCAUUGUAUAAGAGCAAAUGAUAGCUCGAGGCAAUGCUGAGUCUUGAGAACUCCGUGUUUGGGAGCUUCGUAGCUCACUACUGGCUGCCAAUAACAGUAUCAAUUAUUGUUGCGUGGCUAGUUAGGAAUCGAUAUCAUAAUGGGCUGAACAAAUACCCGGGCCCUUUCCUGGCUUCGUUGACGGACUGGUGGCGAUUAUAUGAUGUCUACGGCCAGCGGCCUGACAUAACGCACCGGAAGUUGCAUGCGAAGUAUGGUGACAUCGUGCGCUUAGGCCCUAAUACUUUGUCCUUUGCAAACCCGAAGGCCCUCAAAUCCAUAUACGGUCUUAAUAAGGGAUUCGUAAAGUCCGAUUUCUAUGUUGUUCAGCAGUCGGUAGUCAAGGGAGAUUCGCUCGCGUCGCUUUUUAGCACGACGGACAAUAAUUUUCACGCACAAUUCAGACGAUGUGUCAACUCAGCUUUUGCGAUGUCAGCUCUCGUCCAAUAUGAGCCGUUUGUUGAUAAUACGACAAAACUAUUCCUCAAACAGACGGAGAAACUCUUUGCUGGUAACCCAGAAGGAUGUAAUUUCACUCAAUGGCUACAAUUCUACGCCUUCGACGUAAUUGGGGAGAUUACUUAUAGCAAACGCCACGGAUUUGUCGAGAAGAACGAAGAUAUUGACGGCAUAGUAGGAUACUUGGGAAAUCUGUUUCUCUAUGUCGCGCCAAUUGGCCAAAUACCGUGGCUCGACCGCGUUUUCCUCAAGAACCCCAUUUACCUUAAACUCUCUCAAUGGGGUUUCAUCGAUGCUACUUUUCCUGUAGCGCGUUUCGCACGAGCUCGCAUGGCUGAGCGUUUGGGCCCUAAUCUCUCAGGUGACCCCUCUAAGCCUCUUCUUCCAGUCUCCACGGAGGGUAAAGCCGAGGCCAAAUCGCCCGAUUUGCUGUCUAAAUUUCUCGCUGCGCGUGAGGCUCGGCCCGAGUUUAUGAAUGACACUCUAGUCCAGACAAUGGCUGUAUCUAUGGCAUUUGCUGGGUCUGAAACCACAGCCAUCUCAUUAGCAAGUGUCUUCUACUAUCUACUACGCAACCCGUCUACGUUUGCCAAAUUGAGAAAGGAGUUAGAUGAUGCUUCUCUAUCCGGUGUAUUCAGCGACUACGAAACGGGCCUCGUAACGUGGACUGAGAGUCAGAAGUUACCGUACCUUGACGCUUGUAUUAAAGAGGCCUUCCGGCUACACCCAGCCGCAGGCCUGCCUCUCGAGCGUAUCGUGCCCGAGCCUGGUGCCGAAAUUGCGGGUCAAUAUGUCAAAGGCGGGACUAUCGUCGGCUGCUCUGCGUGGAUCAUUCAUCGCCGCCCCGAAAUUUGGGGGGAGGACGUGGACGACUUCCGACCAGAGAGGUGGCUCGUCGACGAGAAAUUAAAGGGGGAAGAAAAGGCCGAGCAGGAACGACGCAUUCGCGAGAUGAACGGCAUGAUGUUCCAAUUCGGUAUGGGAUCUCGCACAUGUAUUGGCAAGAACAUCAGUCUCUUGGAAAUAUACAAGGUCGUGCCUAGUCUGCUUCGGCGGUUCGACGUAAGUAACCCAACCUACCUUUCCCCCCCCCUUGUUCCUUGAGUUGAUAUCAUGAGAUAUGGCCAAUGCUUACC